CAAACAGUGUACAGGAACACUAAUGGUGAUUAUUAGGAUGAUUAACCCCCCCAAAAAAAAAAUUAAAAAAAAAAUAAAAAAAUAUGAAAAGUUUCUUCUGAUUCCCAUACAUACAUACAUAUUCGGCCUCCUGAGCAACUACUCAAAUACACACAAACACACACACACACACCAGCACGCAUAUACUGUAAGCCUGCGUGCGAGGAUAAACAGAAAUUGGGUAAACAGAUUCCGAAAAAUGGGGAGAAAGAAAUUGGAGAUAAAGCGAAUCGAGGACAACGGUGCGAGAAUGGUUUGUUUCUCGAAGAGAAGAAACGGUCUGAUUAAGAAAGCUAAGGAGUUAUCUGUUCUCUGCGAUGUCGACGUGGCCGCCAUCAUCUUCUCCAACAGGGGAAAGCUUUUUCAGUACUGUAGCACUGACAGCAUAGAGCCAGUUCUUCAACGAUAUAAAGAUGAAGCUGAAAGCUCUACAAGGUCUUCCGAGGCAAAGGGGCAGUCAAACAACUCUAUUACAAGUGAGGAGUUACUUCGAGAUGUUGAAAGGGAACUUGACGAACUAAGUGUGACGGAUCUUAUGCUUCUACAGAAAGAAAUCGAGGCUGCAAUAAGUCAAACAAGAUCUGCUAAGACACAGAGGAUGGUCGAUACUGUAUCAAGCCUUCGUGAAGAGGAAAAGAGCCUGGCAGAAGAAAAAAGGAGCCUGGAGGAGAUAACCGGAAAGAAUCGAAACGCGAGGGGAAAGAAGAUGCUUGUGGAUCUCAACGUUGCUGCAGACGACCAAAUGACCGAAUAGAAGUCAUUUAAAAAAGACUUUUCAUUUUAUGUAAAAAAAGAUAACUCCGCAGCAUCUAAAUCAACAAACACAGGUAAUAAAUAAAAAGCUGCUGCUAAUGGGGAUAUCUAUCUAUCUACCUUCUGUAUUGUGUCGCCAUGUAAGCUACGUACUCUCGAGCCCUCUUCUUUAUUCAGGCUACACUGCUGUAUUUAUUCGUGGUUUUUAUCUGUUGUAUGUGCAACUCGACUCCUCGGUUUGAGAAUAUUGACGGGGAUUUGGAUCCAUAAUAAUGUAAUAUGAAUUUGUGACGAUACUUACUC